GGAGGAAAUAAACGGGCCGUUCCUUGCAAUACCCAAGACUUUAUUGCCCUUUCACUUCACCUGAAAAUUCCGUUGUCCUCGAUCUCCUUUCUGUUUCUCUUUCUGUAUCUGCUGUGUUCGUGGGCGAGGCAUUCAAAUGGAUCGAGCUCAGAUGCUUCUGUUGGGUCUUCCGAUUUUCCUGUUGUGUACAGACAUCAUAAACCUCUUCACGCCCCCACCUCCCAAACCCACCCAUCAUCAUCAUCCUCAAUCUCAUCACCAGCCCAAACCCCAACCGGUUCUCCACCAACAACCCCUUGAUUUCCCAACUCAGAAACCAAGCGGCCCUGGAGGUAUUGGCCUGGGAAGUAACGUCAACAUCAACUUCUGCUCUUCCUGUUCUUACAGAGGAAAUGCAGUAACAAUGAAAAAUAUGCUCGAAACAGCAUUUCCUGGCAUCAAUGUUUUUCUAGCAAACCACCCACCUCCACUUCCAAAACGCCUACUAAGCAAAGUGGUACCAGUUUUUCAGUUUGGAAUCAUUGGGAUAAUAGUGGCAGGUGAACAGAUUUUUCCCAGGCUGGGUAUGAUGCCACCUCCUUGGUACUAUUCCAUGCGUGCAAAUAGAUUUGGAAGCAUUGCAAGCACUUGGCUUCUGGGGAACUUCUUCCAAUCCUUCCUGCAGAGUUCUGGUGCUUUUGAAGUAUAUUGUAAUGGUGAACUGGUUUUCUCUAAGCUGCAGGAGCAUAGAUUCCCUAGCGAGAUUGAGCUGAGAGAGCUUGUUGGCCGAAAACUCUCAAAUUCAAGAAUUGUAGAUGGCGUUGGUGGAGCUCUCUGGUCCUAAGCUCUCUGUGAAGGAUGAAGUUUGCUAUAUAAGAGGCAAAAAUUGUGGAUGGCGUUGGUGGAGCUCUCUGGUCCUAAGCGCUCUGUGAUGGAUGAAGUUUACUAUAUAAGAGGCGAAAAUUUGCAGUCUGAUACUGACAGGCACUUGUGGGCAUGUUGUCACAGUGAACUAUCACUCUAAGUAACGUUUCUCAUAAUCAUGUGGCGGUUAAUUGGGACACCCUACACAAGAGAUGAUGAUUUUCUUUUCUUUUCCUUUUAGAAGAAUCUGCUUCCUGUCAUCAUGAAGGCAAGGCAAUUCAUUUACGUUAACUUCCAGGUCUUUUUUAUACAUGAAUACAUUAGUUCUUGCUGGCAUUUGGUUUGCCACACAA